AGCUCGAAGGAUUUCUUUCGCCUCCCGAUCUCAACCUCCGCCCAAUCAAGUAACCGGCGACCUGCCUCAGUGCCUCGUUAUUUUUGCCCGCGUACGCGGCACAUAGACGUCCGUUACACCUUACUCAAUUUCUUUCGAAUUAUUUUUUUAUAAUUUCUGCUCGGAUCGACGUGAAAUGAGUUGAUUUUAAACCGAAUAUGAGCCUGAUUAAAUAGUGAUAUUUUGCGAUAGCGAGCGUAGGAGGAAUAAGUGUGCCAUGGUGGUUACAGUGACAAGUGUCAGUACUUUCAGCGAGUACCGCGGUGGUGGAUUUAACAGGCAGGAUAGCCAGGAUAACGUAGGAGUUUCCCUGCUGACCUAUGGAGGAAAACAAAGAGCGGCGGUCAAGUGGCUUUUAUCGAAAGCGUUCAACAAUAAAGUUCCUGAAAAUAUCAAAGAACCCUUCUACAGAAAUCAUGAGGACAAGGAGUGCCUCAAGCCGCAGAUUAUGGGAGGCUUGGCUAACGCGGAACUCUACUGUAUGGCUCUCGGGAACAUAUUCUCGGACCCUAACUACAAUAACCUCAACCAUGGUAGCAUUCUUCAGACAUUGUCGAGGAAGGGCGUUUUCCUCAACGAAUCGGAUUGUCAACUGACGGAAACGAUCUUGAUACAAACGAAUCCUCUACGAAUGAAUGCACACAUGGCGGUUAUAGAGUCCAUCAUGACGCUUUACGCGAAAGAGGUGGUAUCUCCGGACAGGGUUGUUGCUGCCGUUCAACGUUUCUGUCACGAUCGAAACGCACCCUCAGCCACGCCAGAGAACUUCGAGCAAGGACUUGUGAUGUGGAUAUCGCACGCGUGCGAAGCACUCAAACGGAAGAUCGAGCAGGACCUUGGUUCCGGUGCGACAAACGGGGGUGAUGUACAAGAUGAUUCGCCGGUACAGAAUGGUGGUUCUAUAUUUUCCAGGAUUAUUCCGAAGUCUUUUUCUUUUCUUUCGUUUUUCGAUAAGGGUGACAGAUUGAGGCCGCCAAAUUUUCCUCCAAUAAGAGAACUGAAAGACUUAUGCGACGGCGUCGGUUUGGCCGCCCUGGUUUCGUACUACUGUCCAGACGAGUUGCCUUGGACGGAGCUCAAGGUAUCCUACGUACCCACAGUCCAAGAGAGCCUCCACAACGUCAGCCUCUUGCAGAAUUUCUGCAAUAAGUGUUUACCUAGUCCUAUAUUUCACCUUAGUCCGGAAGAUAUAACCUACAUGAGAGAUUCGAUGAAGCUCAAUGUCACAGUUUUUCUCGCCGACCUGUUCAACAUGCUCGAGAUCCAGACCCUGUACUGCGUGAAAUAUCCCGGUAGCAACGACAAUUUCCCUCCACGUAACAUGCACGGAGUCGCGCAUAAGCGCAACUUACUGCAGACGGUGAUGGUACCCAUCCCGGACUUGCGCAGUGGGAUUGACGACACAGAUAGUUCAGCGUUUCAAGUAUCGAGAUCUGCCCCCACCCAUGUGCCUCUAAGAAAAACGAAUUCUGUACAGUCUGUCCAGCAUAGCAUUAGUCAAAUGAGCGAAGAUAGUCUAAGAAGGGGAUCGGAAGACUCCUUUGUGGUGCACAGAGGGAAGAAUAUUCCCACGUUGAGUAGAAUUGUAAUGGACGAACCUCUCAUGCCUGCCAGGCUGAGGGAGAAUAAGGAGAAACAUAAUAACGAUACCAAAGCGGACGAAAGGGGGGAAUAUUCUAAUAGGCCUAGUACUGCGCCAGCUGGUAAACCAAGUAAUUGGCAGGACACUAGAACGAACACUUUUUCUGGUAGAAGAUCCAGAAGAAACUCUACUAGUGAUGAUUCACAGUUAACCAUUGAAAAUUUCGGAGGUAGUCAAGAUAAUCUGAAUUUUAUUGGUAGAAAUCCAGACAAAGAAGUAGCUGUUCAUGUAGGUAGGAAAAUAUCGGCGCCAUCUUUUCCAGUGGAAGGCCCAGCGGUAGCUUUAAGGUCUUCGAUCCAAGACGCGAAAGGCUCCAUUCAAUUUGGCUACGAUGAUGACGAGAAGAAGGACAAUGGAACUGAGAAAUUCGUGCUACGCAGGCAGCUAAGCAGUGACGACAUCGCUCUGAGGAAAAUGAUGAAUUCUAACAAUAGUGAUAAGGAAAAUUUAAUAAGGGACUUGGUCGACGGCGAAGUGUCAAACAGGAUGAGUUUCGCCGAAGUGAAAAAACCGAACAGUGGCAUUCAGUUAGUUUACAUGCAGCAAGAUAAGGAAGAGGAUCAGAUCAAGAGUGAACAGAAGAAGCCCAGUGAGAAAAAGACCAGUUUUGCGGCGCUGCCAAGUAACCAGACUACUUGGCAGCAGCAAAGUAGCAAUCAGCAACGGUUGGAUAGUAACGGAGGUGGCGAAAACGGUUUAUCCAACAAUGUCCCGCCUCAGUUGAGCGAUAUAAGGUUGAAGUUGGAGGAGAAACGGAGACAAAUCGAAAAUGAAAAGAGACGAUUGGAACUAGCUAUGAACAAGAAUAGACAAAAAAUUGGGAAGCAAGCGUUUUUUCAAGCAGUUACAAAGGGUAAAGGUAACUUACUAAAAUCUCAAGAAAAUGAUUCUAACUCUAAUUCCACCGAGGGCUCUGAAACCCAAAGCCCAACCUCAGAUCCUGUUUCAGUUAAAUCCGAGAGGCCAUUUACUCUGAAGGAUGUGACUCAUGAUGCAGCUGAAGUCGAGAGAAAGUGGAUAGAUAAUGAACAACCAUUCCUGGAGACGAAACGGACUCCAGAGUUGGAGAGUAUGAACAUAGAUCAAUAUCAACAGUCUAUUGCUCAAAUUGAUUCUAGUCUUUACGAUAUUCAUAAUGAUAUACAGAGAUUGAGCAGUCAGCAAAACCAGAUCCAGGCUGCUCAACAGCAGAGUCUAAUCGCACAACAACAGAGGCAAAUUCAAGCCUUACAACAACAACAACAGCAAUAUCAAUCCCCCAUGACACCGCAAUAUUCUACCCAGCAUUCAUUCAAUACGCCAAUGUACCACCCUUCUAGUCCUCAAGUCUAUCCACCGCCACUACAACAGUCAUCAAGUGUACCGCACAUUCCCCAGUCUCUGUACUCAGCCCAACCCCAAUUUUUCUUACACGAUCAGCAGUCAAGUCAACAACAUCUUCCGCAUAUACCUCAACCUGUGGCCCCUCAAAGGAGGACAUGGGCCCAACAGGCACAAAAUCCACUGCCAGUCCAAAUAGACAAUUAUCAUCAGCAGGAUAACAUGAGAACUUGGGGAAGGCCCCAGAACCCCGCUGGUUUCAUGCUGCACGAUAACUCGGAGAGGAAUCAAGCUAGCCCCUAUCAGAAUGGUGAUAACCGCACCGUCCAUCAUUCUAAUAGCUUCACCCUGAGCCAACAAUAUUUACACCAGCAACAGAGUACGCCUUACGGCACGUCCCAUAGCACACCAUCGGCUUCCCCUCAACACAGGAUCCACAAACAGAUAUCGCAACUGAUGGACGACCAGAAGAGAGCACCGGUGAGUCUCCAGCAGAUGGAAUUGACGCCACAGAGGAAGAUGAGCGUCACGCAUGCGCCCAUACCAGCGCCAUCUGCCGACGACAUGGAACCCCAGAACAUUUCCUUCAUUGGAAACUCGGACGAGCAAGCUCUCGAAGGUAUCGGUAGGCUAAACAUAACGUCGGGUACGAGAACCUACAGGAUACCCUCUCCCACCAGGCCAGCGAUCUCUAGAAAUUCAUUUCAGCCAUCCUCGCCACCCAGUAGAGAAACGAUGGAUGUGCCCAUCGCCGAAGUUAGUACCCUCGAAAGCGACCCAACUAGUCAAAAAGGUUUCUAUAUCAGCUUCGAUAACGAGCAACCGAAACGUCCGAAACCCCCUCUCAGGACGAAGCGGGGCUCGCCGAAGAAGGAGAGGAGUUUCGUUGAUUCGGAGGAGAACAGCUUCAGUAGUAGAAGGCAGGAGCAGGAAAGGUUAGAGAGGAAGCAGCAGUUGGAACGGGAACUGCAAGAAGAGAAAAACAGGAAGGACAGGGAGGAGGCGGAUCAGAGGAGACAGCAGCAGGCUGCUGAACGCGAAAGAAUUAGAGAAAGAAAUGAUGCUAGUCAAGAACGACGAAAACUGCAAACAGCGUCGGCCAUAAUUAUAGGAAAUGAAUUGCAAAAUCCUGAUCCCGAUUUGCAAGACGAAAGGGAAAAGAAGAAAGAGAGGAUAAUGAUGUUAUCGUUACAAAGGAGGCAACAGCAGGAAGAGGCAAAGGCGAAGAAGGAAGAGGAAGCCAGAUUGAAAAAGGAGAAAGAAAAGGCAAAAGAAGAGGAAAAAGCCAGAAGGAAAGAAGAAUUGGCCGCCAGAAGAGCGGCAAUCUUCGAACAAUACAAACUGAAGAAAGCGCUUGAAGAAGCUGAAAGAGAGGGCAAAAGUAUUGACAAAUCGGAAUACAUGGCUGCAAUGAAACCCACUCCUAAAAUUAGGCCAAAAGCGUCUGUUAGGCCCAGACCUAAAACCAUUCACAUUGACAGCGGUUCAGUGGAAAUGGCUGAGGGUAUGUUACAGCCCAGCAGAGGAAAGAAAGGGUCCACAUCUAAUCUGACAGCUAAUUCUUUCUCGCCGCAUUCAACAAUGAAACGCGACUAUUAUAGAGGUUCUCAGGAUAGUUUGGCUGAUAGAAGUCUGAGCAGUGGUGUGCUGUACAGAGAUUCCCCUGACGAUAGCAGGGGAAUGUCGCCCUGUCAAAGUGCCAAUCAAACUUUGGGAAGGCGCAGUUCAUAUAAAAAUAGCAGAGACCCUUCGCCUGCACAGGCCCGAGGCCGCUCUAAGUUUUCCACUUAUCAAAACUUUAAAGGGCGCAAGUCUAGCUCUCUUAUGAAUCUAUAUGGUUCUAGCUCGGAUCAAGACAGCUUCGCUUAUCGAUAUGGCGAAACGGACUCGGGUCUAGGAAGGGCAACACCACCACGAAGGGCGCCAUCUCCUGGUAUGGGUAGUUUAAGGCACUUACCUUCGCCAUCAGGACCUGGAUCAUUACCUGGACUUAUGUCAAAGGGACGCAGGAUGUUUGAUGACGGUUCCAGUGAUAUUAGUUCUACGCCCAGUAGUAUGAUGGAUUAUAAUGGUCCUCGGCUCUACAAACAGCCCGCCACUAAAUCAAAUAGAGGUCUCAUGUUGAACGCUGUUGAAUAUUGUGUAUUUCCUGGUGUUGUGAAUAAAGAAGCAAAACGUCGUGUAUUAGAUGAAAUUGGUAAAUCGGAGAGUAAACAUUUUCUAAUAUUAUUCCGAGAUGCUGGGUGUCAAUUUAGAGCGCUCUAUUCCUACUGCCCAGAUAAAGAAGAAGUAACAAAACUUUACGGCACUGGACCGAAACACGUGAACGAUAGAAUGUUUGAUAAAUUUUUCAAGUACAACUCUGGAACCAAAUGUUUCUCCCAAAUACACACAAAACAUUUAACUGUAACAAUAGACGCUUUUACGAUUCACAAUUCCUUAUGGCAAGGAAAAAAAGUUAAUCUUCCUAACAAAAAAGAUAUGGCCCUUGUAAUUUAAGUUCAGUUAUCUUUCAAUUGUCAUAUUUCUAUCCAAUCGUAAAAUUUAAUUAUUCUGAGUUCAAUAGUGGUUUACAAAAAUUUUACCUUCUUCUCAAAGAUGAUUUAUUUUUUGUGCCAACGAAUCAGCAUUUUUCUCGAAACGCGAAUAUGUUUUGCACGAUUUACGUCCAUGAAAAAACAAUAAAAUUUCUUAAUUGUGUCAUUCCAAAAAUUUGUAUUUGUAAAAAUGUUUAUCAUUAGAUUAGGUGAACAAAGGGCUGUUUUGUCGAGGAAUGUUCAAUAGGAAACCAUGUUGAUAUGGUUGCUUUUUUUGACGUUUCUAUUUUAGGAAUUGUUUAGAAGAAAUGAUUCUUAUUUGUAACAUUAUUUCAUUGCAUCAUUGAACCUCAAAAUUUCCCAGUCUAGGAUACAGUUGUUGUUCAUAUACCAUUAUUUUCUAGGGGUUCAAUAAAAGUGUCUAUAAAUUAUUAUUUUCCUAGUAAGGUCUUGGAAAACCACUAACUCGGUGUUAAGAAAUUCAAAAUAUUUUAUAUGCCUUAAUUUUUUACCUAAUGUUUAAUAUUUACAUUAUUAUUUAAUAUUACAUUAUGCUAAUCAAUAUUUUCAUGUUUGUAAAUAUUAUGUUUUUAUAUAUAUAUAAAUAUUUAUUAAUGAACAUAAACUGCAUUGAAAAAUUCAAAGUCAUAAAUAAAUUAUACAUAACCCAAA